AUGAUUUUGGACCGAUGGAAACAGCGAUUGGCUGAGUGUCACAAUGUUUCCGGUGUACAGCUUCUUCGAAGUUAUCUUGACUCACGUAUUGAUUGGAAGCAAAGUAUCAUUGAAAAGCGUUGUAACUCUUGCGGUAGCAGACGGAGCCCUGAAGCGAAAAUUGCGUGCGCUAAUUGUGCGAUUGUUGUUCACUUUUACUGCACGCGACCUCGACUUCCGGAAAAGCCCACCCACUGGCUGUGCCCAAUAUGUGAAAGGGCUGAGAUGAAAAAGAAGAAGGAAGAACCUGUUUCGCAGCGCACAACUAGACCAACAUAUAAAGAAGCUGAUGAUGAAAACUCAAGCGGUGAGGAAUCCAACGAAGAUGAAAGCGAUGAGUCUGAAAGUGACGUCGAUGACUUCUUCGCAAAUAAGCAGCCUCGUCGUAAAAGUACUCGCAAGCGUGCCAUGGAAGAGUAUUUUGAGGAUGAUGUGGAGGAUAAGAGGUCACGAUCGAAACGUGCGAAGGUCAAUCCAGUUGCUGAGGAGUGUGUCGAUUUACUGGGUCGCGUAAAAGCGUACAAUCGUCUUUAUCGCACGUUACAAAAUAUUCCGGCUGGUCGAUCAAGCAGAAGAGCGCCUGCUCCGUCCCUCGAUGGUCUUGAGGAAGUCCAUACCAGAGGUAGUAAUCGAAAGAUGCUAUAUACCUCGUUGAGCACAUUCGCUGCGGACUUGAAUACAUUCUUCAGGCAUGCUCGCUCAUAUUUAGAGGAACAUAACGAGCGCAAACUUGAAGAAUUGGAAACACUUUUGUUCGAAUUGGAUCUUAAUUCGUUAACUAAAUCUCGUUAG